AUGUCUAUACCAUUAACCACCUCAACCUCCACACCCUCACCCAUCUCCACACCUCCCUCAAUCCCUUCAAGUACACCCUCAUCCACAGCACCCUCCUCACCCUCACCGCGGAUCAAGAUGAACAUCCGGGUACGAGAAGCAACCAUCAAGGACCUCAACAGGGUGGCCGACAUCAGCAGCCAGGCAUUCCUCCACAACGCUCUCUUCGACAACCUCAACCCCCGGCGGCACGAGUACUACGAGUCCUUCCGCUACACCCGUCUCCGCCAUGCGCGCAACGCAAUGCUGAAGCCCUCAAUGCGCCUGCUGGUCGCCGAGAACGACGACGGCGAGGUCGUCGGAUACGCAAUGUGGGAGCGCCUGGGGAACGACGCAAUCGCACAGAAGGUCAAGGCCGAGCGUGACGGCAUUCUUCUCCGCCUCGAAAGAUUCCUCGUAAACGUCACAGACCGAAUAAACGCCGUCAUCGCUCCAGACCCCUCCGCCGACCCCGUCGCCGCAACCAGGCUCCGCAUCGCAAGCAACACCCUCGAGAAGCUGCACUGGGACACGGCCGAGCGCAAGACCCGCUGGCACCUGCACUGGCUCGGCGUCGACCCGGCGCAGCAGCGCAAGGGCAUUGGCAGGCACCUUGUGCAGUGGGGCCUCGACCGCGCUAUCGAGGACAAGGUCUGGGCCGGCAUCGAGUCGAGCGCCGUGGGCGAGAAGCUCUACUCGAGUAUGGGCUUCAAGGUCAUUGGCGAGCGCCUGCCCUGCAUCGAGGGCAUAAAUAUGGGAACUGUUAUGGCGUGGGAGCCGAAACGGUCAUGA